GGCAAAGUCACAGUAUUAAAACUACCUUGAAGCUGAGUGGAGAAGAUGAAUGGGCCGGUGGAUGGCUUGUGCGACCAUUCUCUGAGCAAAGAAGGAGCCUUCAUGUUCACAUCGGAGUCUGUGGGAGAGGGACACCCAGAUAAGAUCUGUGACCAGAUCAGUGAUGCAGUGCUGGAUGCUCAUCUCAAGCAGGACCCCAAUGCCAAGGUGGCCUGUGAGACGGUAUGCAAGACGGGCAUGGUGCUGCUGUGUGGGGAGAUCACCUCCGUGGGUGUGGUGGACUACCAGCGGGUGGUGAGAGACGCCAUCAAGCACAUUGGCUACGACGACUCUGCCAAGGGCUUUGACUUCAAGACCUGCAACGUGCUGGUGGCGUUGGAGCAGCAGUCCCCAGACAUCGCCCAGUGUGUCCACCUAGACAAAAAUGAAGAGGACGUGGGAGCUGGAGAUCAGGGUUUGAUGUUCGGCUAUGCUACGGAUGAGACAGAAGAGUGCAUGCCCCUCACCAUCAUCCUUGCUCACAAACUCAAUGCCCGGAUGGCGGAGCUGAGACGCUCGGGGGUCCUCCCCUGGCUGAGGCCCGACUCAAAGACUCAGGUGACAGUCCAGUACACACAGAAAAAUGGCGCGGUCAUCCCUGAGCGCAUCCACACCAUCGUGAUCUCCGUCCAGCACAACGAGGACAUAUCGCUGGAGGCCAUGCGCGAGGCCCUGAAGGAGCAGGUGAUUCGGGACGUGGUGCCAGCCAAGUACCUGGACGAAAAGACCAUUUACCACCUGCAGCCGAGCGGGCGGUUCGUCAUCGGCGGCCCCCAGGGGGAUGCAGGCGUGACUGGACGGAAGAUUAUUGUGGACACCUAUGGCGGCUGGGGGGCGCACGGAGGUGGGGCCUUCUCUGGGAAGGACUACACCAAAGUGGACCGCUCAGCAGCUUACGCUGCCCGCUGGGUGGCCAAGUCCCUGGUGAAAGCAGGGCUGUGCCGGAGAGUGCUGGUGCAGGUUUCUUACGCCAUUGGUGUGGCUAAGCCCCUGUCCAUCUCCCUCUUCACGUAUGGAACGUCUAAGAAGACAGAGAAGGAGCUGCUAGAUGUGGUGAAUAAGAACUUUGACCUUCGGCCUGGCGUCAUUGUGAGGGAUCUGGACUUGAAGAAGCCCAUCUACCAGAAGACGGCAUGCUAUGGCCAUUUUGGAAGAAGCGAGUUCCCAUGGGAAGUUCCCAAGAAGCUUGUGUUCUAG